AUGUCUGUUUCAAGCGGGAUGGUUCGUGCUUGUAACGAUGGGUCCCAAACCGAUCCCAAGCCAAAUUCAAAUGUACGUUACCGUUUCCGUGAUCCGGUGACGACUGGUGCAGACAUUGGCCUAAACGGUAACGACAUUCAAUGUUUUCUCUGGAAAAGCACUGUAUGGAGGAGGAUCAUUAUCCGUGUUCAGUGCCAUUGUCGGCGCCAUUGUUGUAAACAUAAUUGGUCCACUCCCUUUCUGCUGGCAGUGAAAGAUCCGGAGACGAAAAAAGCAUUUAUUGUUGAUGACGACUCCAAUAAAUAUAAGCGAAGGUCGCAGUUUUGUUCGACGAAUUGGAAGCCAGCUACCGAGUUUGAAGUGGCAGUGAAUAGAUUCGAAUGUGUCGCGAUCUCACUGGAGGAGGAAAAAACAAAAUUAUCCUGUGCAGUUACGACGGCGUGUUUGCAUGUUUGCACGCAAUACUGCCAGGAACGUGCAAGCGAAAAUUCCGAAAUAUGCCAACAUACACGACUGUGGAAAUUCCCUGUAUACGAACCGCCGUUGGCUGACGCAAACAUCUUCCUCGAUGGACUUGCUCCCUCAUAUAUGUUGUCGGAUUUAACAGGAGCCGAAACUGAUAACGACGAACUGAAGAAUUUUUAUGGACUCAGAAUAUCGUAUAUCAUGAACUCGAGCAAUAAUUAA